UUUACUGCCAGGGCAUUUAAAAUCUUGUUCCAGGGGUACCCGGGUGGCUCAUUUGGUUACGUGUCCAGUUCCUGAUCUCAGCUCAGGUCUUGACCUCAGGGUUGUGGGUUCAAGCCCUGCAUUGGAGCCUACUUUAAAAAAAUAAUACAAAUGAACAAAAUCUGUUUCCAGUUUUUUCUUUUGGCAGGUUCUCAACCUGGUAUGAACUGUUUCUUCCCAGGUACCUCCAGAUCAUCAGUUACUCGAUGUAAACCAGGAGCCAACUGCCCCAGUUCACACAGUGGCAUCAGUAGGCAACUGUCCCCUCUUUCUGUCACCGAAGACUCUUCUGCUCCUAUUCUUGAACUUCAGAGCCGAGGAUCUUCUGGAGUUUGCGGACAUAGAGUCGAAAGGCAGAACAGAUCAGGGGAUGAUGGAACACAGACUCAUCCUGAGAACAGCAGCCAAGAAAACAGAAUCAAGGCUCGCUGCCGGUCAUGCACGUCCAUGGUUCUGAAGGCCGUCUGGGGACUUUUGAUCAUCUUGUCAGUCUCAUCGUCUUGGGUUGGAACCACACAGAUUGUAAAAAUUACUUACAAGAACUUCUACUGUCCAUUUUUCAUGACUUGGUUUUCAACAAACUGGAACAUUAUGUUUUUCCCAGUCUACUAUUCUGGUCAUCUGGCCACUGCUCAAGAAAAGCAGUCUCCAAUGAAAAAAUUCAGGGAAUGCAGUCGGAUUUUUGGUGAAGAUGGUCUGACAUUGAAGCUCUUCCUUAAAAGAACUGCUCCCUUUUCUAUUCUAUGGACUUUGACUAAUUACCUGUAUUUACUGGCUUUAAAGAAGUUGACAGCCACGGAUGUCUCUGCUCUGUUCUGUUGUAACAAAGCCUUUGUCUUCUUGCUGUCGUGGAUCGUGCUGAAAGACAGGUUCAUGGGAGUGAGGAUAGUUGCCGCAAUAAUGGCCAUUACCGGCAUCGUCAUGAUGGCGUAUGCAGAUAAUUUCCACACUGAUUCGAUCAUAGGAGUGGCCUUUGCAGUGGGUUCAGCCUCUACGUCUGCAUUAUACAAGGUUUUGUUUAAGAUGUUUCUCGGAAGUGCCAACUUUGGUGAAGCGGCACACUUUGUCUCCACGUUGGGUUUCUUCAAUUUAAUCUUCAUCUCUUUCACCCCGGUCGUCCUGUAUUUCACCAAGGUGGAACACUGGUCCUCAUUUGCAGCUCUGCCGUGGGGCUAUCUCUGUGGGAUGGCCGGGCUGUGGCUGGCCUUCAACAUCCUGGUGAAUGUCGGCGUGGUGCUGACAUACCCAAUCCUGAUCUCCAUUGGGACAGUACUCAGCGUUCCCGGAAAUGCAGCUGUGGAUCUCCUGAAGCAGGAGGUGAUAUUCAAUGUUGUCCGCCUGGCCGCAACUAUCAUCAUCUGCAUUGGGUUUCUGCUGAUGCUCUUGCCAGAGGAGUGGGAUGAAAUUACCCUCAGAUUCAUCAAUAGCCUGAAGGAAAAGAAGAGUGAGGAGCAUGUGGACGACAUUACUGAUUCUAAUGUACACCUGCGGAGCAGAAGCAGGGCCAAUGGGACAGUGUCUAUACCACUGGCUUAACGAGGGACACAUUUUGAAUGCACGUGUAUGUAUAUUCUGUGAAUAUAAUAAAAUUUUCUCACUACCUGUACACUCAAAUGACAAUAUUAACUCUGAAUUUGGAUAAGUCAUAUGUGAAAUAAUGCCAAUGAUAAAAGUUUACAUUUAUAUGCUUAUCAAGG